AUCUGAUCCGAGACGAUCGUCCUCACCCACCCGACAUCACACUUUGCAUCUCAACGAGGCUCUGCGAUCGCUUCAGCAGCUCCAUGUGUCGCCAGUCUCAGCAAGCUUUGACUCCGUAUGCUCGUGGGCAUGCAUAGCUGAUCCACCCUCUGUGACUGGACUUACCCCCUCAGUCAAUAUGACCAGCUUGCACACGUCCGCUCGAUCAGCUCACCACGUCUGUCUCUGGUGCGCAACCAGUACAUCGGCAACGAGCAUCGCAUCAUCCUCACGGCUGACCUUGGAGCGCAAUCCGAGCAAAGCGAAUGGUUUCAUCCGAGCGCAGUCCAGUCUAACUCGCGUCUCGGCAAGGGUGCGACUGGCCGCGAGCCUUCCAGCUCGACCAGACCACAGCUUUGCAGCAUCUCAAAGAGGCGCUCACACAGCUUCUGCAUUGGAAGACGGUCUUUCCGAGGACGAUGCUGCGACUGGAAAUGCUGAGCAGAGGAGUACCUUUGCUCGAAGAUCGAUGAACAGACACGCCGGACAUGCAAGAUCUGCUCACUCGCAAAUCGCUGGCUCGGAAGACAGCAGCCUCAGUGACCUUGCCUUUCCCACCUCUUGCGAUUUCACCCCGUAUGACGUCUUUCAUCUUCCCAAAACUGCAAGCUCUUUGGACAUCAAAGCGCGCUACUACGAUCUGGUACGCUUGUAUCAUCCAGACAAGCAAGCAGCGAAUUAUGUGGAGGGAACACCGUUGACGGCAGAGAUGGAGAGGCAACGUCGUCAAGAGUGGGAAGUGAUGCAACAAGCGUACGAGCUGCUGAAGCAUGAUCAUCGAAGGAGGAGGUACGAUGCGUCGGGAAUCGGCUGGACGGCGGGAAUCGGCAGCGCAGUGCGAGGCUCGACGUCUCCUUGGCACGGAGCACCAAGCGCGAGGAAAGGCUGGGAAUUUAGGGGCAGCGGCCACGACGGCUUCGGCUGGCAAUCCUACGCCAAAGCGCAAGGCUCUCCUCACGACUUUUACGGCUCCAAUCCCGCUCCAGAUCCCAAGAGCGGACCGCGAUACAUGCCCAACGCCCAUUUCUUUCUGGCCGUCGGAGGCCUGACGUGGUCGCUCGCAGCAGUGCAGUACGUGAGGCUGGCCAACGAAUCCAAGGAGCGCAAUGUGCAGCUGGAACAGAAGUCGGCAUUGGCGGCGCAAAGCCUGGAAAGGGCCAGACAGCUGGCAAAGAGCAAAGAGGGAAAGAGUAGACUCGAUAGCUUGCGAAGAAGGGCGCGCGAGCAGCAGCUGCUGGUGAUGGACGACGAGAAUGUUUGCUCGAGCGAAAGCGCUGUGAGCGUCUUGCCCGCGCCGUCUCACAGGUACUAGGAAAGCACAUACACCAGCAUGGUGACCGUACUCAGCCCGUUGCACACCAGCACGCAUUCAAGCAGCACUUCGAGGGAUGCCAUCCGCUUUCAUCCUGCAUUCUCUUUGUUCGAUCUGCAGCAUCCACUGCGAAUAAUGUACAUUACAAUCACUCACCAAGUCCAGGCAGUGCGCAGACAAGGCUACCGCAGAUGAUGGAAGGCAAAA